AGUGUACCUUUUUUUUUUUUUAAUUUAUCGUGCAAUCGAAAAACGAAAGAAUCAACGAUAGACGUCAAUUCUGUCUUUUUUGUUUUGUUUUUUUUCCCUUGUCUUACAUGAACAAUAAGAAACGUUUUUAUCUUUAAGAAAGAAACUAUUCCUUUUUUUUGUGCGUGCGUGUGCUUACUAUGAAGUUUGGAAAGCAGAUGGAGACAGCGUCUUUUGAUCUCCCUGAAAACUGGAGACCGCAUCUUAUCCAUUACAAAAUAUUAAAGAAAUCCAUUCGACUGAUUGUGGAUGAGCUUGAACAAAGAGGCCUCUCCUCUGAAUGGCUAAAUACAUUGGACACAGAAGAGGCCAUGCGUCUUGAUUAUAUUUUUGAUGGCGAUGCGAAGGACCCACAUCCUUAUAUCAGAAUAACGAUUGAAGAUCCUGCUGUUAUCACCACCGACGAUAAACCUGCUGUUUUGAAGAAAUUGAUACCGAUCACUCAAAAGUUAACAACAGAACCCUUAUCCAUCAAGAUUGAACUGGUCAGAGACUCGGAGUUCUUUCAUCUGCUUUUGCACGAGUUAUCGCAUGCCGCCGCCCUCCACGAGAAAGAAAAAGAAAGGUUUGGUGGCGAUGUCGAUAAGUUAGAGGGACAGUUAACCAUAGCGGCCUCUCCGCAAAAGAAAGACUUUCAACAACAACUCGAAUGGUUUACUGCAGAGUUAUCAAGGAUGAGCAUGACAAAGAGACUGAGCUCCAAAAGCUCUAAAAUGGCAUUAACCCAAUUCCUCGCUAUCAAUGCGCAGCUCGUGCACUUUAAACAUUUCCAAGCAUUGAAUCAAACAGCCAUGAGAAAGAUUCUAAAAAAGCAUGAUAAGCGCAGUGGUUUAAGACUAUGAUUGUCCAGUUUGUUAUUCUAUUGCUUGGAGGCCCAUUCGGUUAAGCUGUGGACAUAUAUUCUGUGUACGCUGUCUCAUUAAA